GAAUCUCAACAUUUGCUAAACAUUUCUAGUUUGCUUUUCAGUUACGAGCUCAACUCUAAAUUUAGUUGGUCGUUGCAAAAAUCUCUCCUCUCUAUAUCUUCUCAAUCUCGCUCCUAAAUUUCGGUUGUGUGGGUUUUCUGCAUGGCGCAAUUACCGCCCAAAGCGCCCACCAUGACCCACCACAACUGGCCCACCGCAUUCCCUAAUUACCACCACAUGAUGCCACCUUCCGCCGCACAGCCGCCUUAUUGGGUCGACGAGUUCCUCGAUUUCUCGUCCUCUCGGAGAAACUCGCACCGCCGUUCCGUCAGCGAUCCUAUCGCAUUCGCCGAAGUUCAAUACGGGGAUGAUUGCAGUAAUGGUGGUAAUGCUAAUAUUGGGUUUGAUCGGUUGGAUGAUGAGCAGCUUUGUAACAUGUUUUCCGAUGAGGUUCCGCCGACGGUGCCGUCGACGUCGAAUCCGUCGACGUCGUCGGAUCAUAAUAGUGAGAAUGAGCAGGAGAAGGCGGGUCUGAUGACUCCUCAGAUGCCGAAGAAAGAGCCUGCGGAGGUGGACAGCGAAUGCGAGCCGGAGAUGAUUCGGGGGCAGACAUUUUCGGCCGGUAAAGAUGACGGCGAUACAGUCAUCGUGGAUCCGAAGAGAGUCAAACGAAUUCUGGCAAAUCGGCAAUCGGCGCAGAGAUCUCGGGUGAGAAAGCUACAAUACAUAUCAGAGCUGGAACGGAGCGUCACCUCGUUACAGACAGAGGUAUCUGCAUUGUCACCGAGAGUUGCAUUUCUAGACCAUCAAAGAUUGAUUCUCAACGUGGACAACAGCGCUCUUAAGCAACGCAUUGCAGCUUUGGCUCAAGACAAGCUCUUCAAAGAUGCGCAUCAAGAAGCAUUGAAGAAGGAGAUAGAGAGGUUAAGGAGAGUGUAUCAAGAUCAGAGUCUGAAGAAGAUGGACCAGGACGGCAGCGUCGUGCCACCGCCGGAAGCGGCGGCGGCGGCGGCCACCAACGACCAUGAACGGGAACAAUAAUGAGCAGGGAAGGACAGGAUGUGAGAUGAAUCUAUCUACUCUAUCUAUCUAAUCUUUAGAUGUGUGUGAUUGACGUUGUGGUACACUUUGUGUUGCUUAACCUGCGCACUCACGUGAUGUGUUCUUUCGUUCUCGUCAAGUGGUCCCCACCAUCUGACAAGCUCAUGGAGCUUGAGUGCGUGACAGUGACGCGUGGACUGUUGGAAUGGGAUGGGUAUUUAAGUAUUUAACCAAUAACCUUUUUUAUUUAAUUCUAUUCUUAUUCUUAAUUAUUAUUUGUUAGUACAUUUUUUAUCAGGGAAAUUGGGGUCUUUGCAUUAGUAUUUGACUACCCUCCAUCUAAUUAUGAUUUUAAAUCUUUAUUUGGGGGGUUUUAAGUUGUUAAAUUGAAUUGAAUUGAAUUAGAUUGUAGGGGGAACAAAAGAUGGUGGGGGUAUAUUGUUCAUGUGGGAGUGUGGGCUUGUGGUUUCUGUGAAAUGUAUGUAUAUUUUUACACUAUGUAUGGGGUAGGGGCGUAGGGUACCCUUGAAGAUAAUGCUAACGUUUGAUGCCAUUCCUCAUUUUGCUUUGCUUUUGCGUGUUGGGGGUCACUGUUGGAGGGUUGUAUGACUUUAAUUAUUUUCUUGCUUUGUAAUCGAAAAAAAGAACAAGUUGUUGAAUACAAAGUUGUUGUGUUUAGUUUC